AUGGCUGCUUCAUCAUCUCUCAACGUUGGUUCCUCUGUUCCUCUACAGCUUCAAGAAGAAGAACAACAAAUUGUUCCAGUUAUCUCUUGCUCCAUUCCUAGAAAUGAAUUAGAAGUAAUCUGUGAAUUAACGGUGGACUUUGAUAGUCUUGAAAAACAUGAGUUCCAUCUAAAAGAGGAUAUGUUGUUUCAAGGAUGGACUUCUCUAUUCUCUGAGUUCUGUGGACCUGUAUACCCAGAACUUGAAGAUAAAGACAAAGAUGUUCCUGCUAAAGUUAGUCAAAAGAUAGCUUCUACUUCCAGGCCUGCAGCUUCAGAAGAUGUUUCAGAAGUUGCACCAGAAGUUAUUACCAAGAAAGAAAGAAGGACAAAGCGUAAGUUUGAUCAUCCUUCUGUCAGCCAGGAGAAGGAAACUCAAGAAGAAGUUGUUGCAGUAGUUGUUGAUAAUGCUGCUGAAAAAGAAGUUAUUGCUGAAGAAAUUCAGGCUGUUGUAGUUGAAAAUAAAAAUUCUGAACAAGAAGGUGCUGAGAGAAAGAAGAAGAAGAAGAAGAGAAAGUUGAAGAAUAAGAACGUGGAAGAUGGAAAGGAAGUGGAAAAGAAGAAGAAGAGAAAAAUAAAAUUAAUAAUAGAAGAUUCGGAUGAUGAAGAGGAGAUCCCAGAAGCUAUGAAUCAGCAAGAAGAAGUAAAUCAAGAACCAGCAACUCUAGAAGUUGAAGGUCAAGAAGUUGUGGAUAGAGAGAAAGAAAGACUGGAAUCUGCCAGAAGAGAAGUUUCUCUUAGGAAGGCAAAGAUUGUGGAAGAGAAGAAGAACAAGAAGCAGAAAAGACUUGAGGCUGAGUUUGAAGCUAUUCAGAAUAUGUCCAUAGGUAUACAUCUUUCUGAACCUGUCUCUGUAUCUGUUUUACAUUCAGAAUCUGUACCAACAGAAGUUCCGGUUAAACCUCAACCAGAAACUCUACCAGAAAUAGCCCCAACAGAAUCACCUCAACUCACCCAUGUUCUUACACCUCCUUCUUCUCCCCAAACCAAUGUUCUUAUCCCUCCUUCUGUACCGACCACAAAUGUUCUCAUUCCUUCCUCUCCACCCAAAACAAUUGUUCAGUGGAUCGUGUGUGUGAGCACUCACCACGUACCCUCGCCUGGAAGCCGUAGGAUCAACGCUAAGACGGAUCGGAGAGCUCCAGAUGCAUGCAGGCUCACCGUAGACCUUCAAGACGCACCACAUUGGUUAAUUGCGCCAGGUUUAUGA